AAAAAACAAAGGUGUUAUGUGUCAAUUUUCAUGAUAAAGGGACCAAAGUAAAAUAUCAUGGAAGUUCAUAUUCUUGAAAUUAGACCAAAAAUCCAAGAAAACUCUUGAGCACAAAUCAGCACUACACAGUGUGUGUGAAAAUGGGGAGAUGUCUUCUUUCAUCCACAAUUUCUUCUUUGAGAAUUUGUCAGUUACCCAGAAUUCGUCUUCCUGCAUUUCCCAAGAGUUGUAGCACAAACUCACAAUAUGGGUUUUGUACAAGUUUGUCCACUAGUGGGGGAUUUUGUACCAAGGCUGCUUUAUCGGAGGUGGGUAUCAAGAAAGAGUACUCAAAGAUUGCUGCUGAUUCAACCGGAAGUAUCCCCUCCAGUGAGCUACUCCAAGUGGUUGAAGCUGCAGCCAAGACUGGUGCUCAGGUUGUAAUGGAUGCUGUGAAUAAGCCCCGAAAUGUUACCUAUAAAGGGCUCACUGACCUAGUGACCGACACAGAUAAAAAUAGUGAAGUUGCUAUCCUUGAAGUCGUGAGGAAGAAUUUUCCAGAUCAUCUAAUUCUCGGGGAGGAAGGAGGAAUUAUUGGGGACUCGUCAUCUGAUUAUCUUUGGUGCAUUGAUCCUUUAGAUGGAACAACAAACUUUGCGCAUGGCUAUCCCAGCUUUGCAGUCUCUGUGGGUGUUCUUUUUAGAGGGAAGCCAGCUGCAGCUGCUGUGGUUGAGUUUGUUGGUGGCCCUAUGUGUUGGAAUACUCGAAUAUUUUCUGCAGCUGCAGGCAAAGGAGCCUUUGCUAAUGGUGAAAAGAUUCAUGUCAGUCGAACUGACAAGGUGGAACAAUCUCUUCUAGUGACUGGAUUUGGAUAUGAGCAUGAUGAUCCAUGGGCAACCAAUAUGGAAUUGUUCAAAGAAUUUACUGAUGUCAGCAGGGGUGUGAGAAGGCUUGGUGCUGCUGCAGUGGAUAUGUGUCAUGUUGCUUUGGGGAUUGCUGAAGCAUAUUGGGAAUAUCGUCUAAAGCCAUGGGACAUGGCUGCAGGAGUUCUGAUAGUUGAAGAGGCUGGAGGGACAGUUUCGUGUAUGGAUGGAGGAAGUUUUUCAGUAUUUGAUAGAUCUGUCUUGGUAUCCAAUGGUUUGCUCCAUGCAAAGCUCCUUGAGAAAAUUGGUCCAGCAACGGAAAAUUUGAAGAGCAAAGGGAUUGAUUUCUCAGUGUGGUUCAAGCCAGAAAAUUACCAUACAGAAGUUUGAUAUGUCCCUGCGUUUUGUUCUUUAGAUGUGCUGCUUGAAAGAAUCUUCUACAAUCAGAUUUUGAUUAGGUCGGUAUUUGCAUUUGUAUUUUCUAUUUUACAUAUCAUUGUAUGGAACUGAUCAAAUAUUCGUCGGUAUCAGGUAAAUAUUAAUAUAACAUGUCUUUUAGGUAAAAGGAUAUUGGCAGCGGAAAUAAAUUGUAUUAAAUUCUUACUGGAAACAACAUUGAGUAGAAAGACAUUUCCAUUAGUAGAACUGACUUUAUGACAUCUGGUCAAUCAAAUUAUACGAUUUUAUCUAUUAACAUUAUGUUAUGA